AGAGAGAGAGAGAGAGAGAGAGAGAGAGAGAGAGAGAGAGAGAGAGAGAGAGAGAGAGAGAGAGAGAGGGCAAGAGUGGGACAUACCCAUAUCGAAGUAUAGUUUUACUACACAAAUGCAGUGAGUAAGGAACUACACUGGGUCUCCAGGAGAAAGGCUGGACUAAUUGAGGCUACCUUUAUACAUUUCUUGAAGACCUCAAAUUAGACCUUUGAUCCUGUUGGAAGCCUGACGCGUUGGUAGACAAUGGAGGCAGGAUCAUCGACAGCGGAUUCUUCUGCGGAUUCAACCAAUCACACGGAAGAAGACAAAAACAGUCAGUUGGAUGGAGAGGCAGAGGGCCAGGUGCCGGAGCCGGAGGGUGAAGGCCCAGAGAUAGAGCCCUCGGCUGGGGACGCAGGGGAAGGGCAGAGGGUGGCAGACCCGGAGGAACUGUGUGGGGGCCCAGGGGCAGAGCGGGAGGCCGGGGAGAUCAGUACGGGAGAGAACGACGGCCCUCAGACCACAUCAGAGGGAGAUAAAGACGGAGCAAGGACCUCUGAGGAUGUAGCCCCCGCCAGGAGCAAGGGAGGGGGAGAAACCAAAGAGGAAAGGGAGGAGUGUGAGAUGAAGGGAUCGGCAGAGGAGGGUCAAAAUGAAAAGAUGGGCAAAGCAGAGGAGGAAAGGGAAGAGAAGAAGGAGGAGAAAGGGGGGAAGGUGGGAGAAGAGGCGGGAAAGGAGAAGAAGUGUGAGAAAGUAGGAAAAGCCAAAGGGGGAAAUGGAGAUUCCAAGGCAGGGAAGAAAGAGCAGAACAAAGUAGGAGAGGAAGGUGGAAAGGCGAAGGAGGGGGAAAAGAGCAAGGAGUCAGAUAAACAGGUGAAGACAAAAAGAAAGGCUGGCGUGAACCCACCGACCUCCUCUACUACUGCGGCCGCUGUGUCACGACCGAGGAACUCUGCCCGCUCCGGGCGAGCGUCCACUAAGAAGGACAUCCUCGCCAAGUUCCAGCAAGGGGCCCCCGAGACACCCGUGGCUUGCAACUUCAAGGUUCAGAGGUCCUCCGCGGGCUCUGCCACAGGGGCGUCUAUCAAACAGAAGAUGCUCCAUUGGUGCCGCAGCAAGACGCGCAACUACGAGGGUAUCAACAUUGAGAACUUCUCGUCCUCCUGGUGUGACGGGCUGGCCUUCUGCGCCCUUGUCCAUCGCUAUUUUCCGGACGCCUUCGACUUCUCCUCCCUGAAAGCAGAGGAGCGGAGGAAGAAUUUUACUCUGGCUUUCAGCACGGCCGAGUCUCUGGCCGACUGCUACCCCCUGCUGGAGGUACAGGAUAUGAUCCUGAUGGGAGACAGGCCGGACCCCAUGUGUGUUUUCACCUACGUCCAGGCGCUUUGCCAGACCUUUUCCAAAAUAGACAAAUUAAAAAAAGACAAAGAGGACCAAGAAAAAAUUGUGAACGACAAAGAAGAACCGGAAGAAAACGAGGCCAACGUAACGGUGGAGACAGUUGAGAAGCAGCAGGACACAGACGCUGUAGAGAACGGGACGAAGGACACUACAGAGCCGGAGAAGGAUGAGAUGCACGAGGAGACUAGUACGAAGACCACUGAAGGGGAGGUGGAUGCACCGACGACUCCUGCGGUUGGGUUAAACUUUAAGGAAGAUGAGCAACAAAAUUAGGAGCUGAAGGAGGCUAAUGUAUCAGAGGUUUGGGAAACAUGAGUAUAGCAGGCCUAUAGAUGGGCAAGGGGCACUGACAGACCAAAUUGGCAAGGCUUAUAGGUUGCUUAUACAAAAGCUAGUCUUAUAUUAUGUAAAAGCAGUCGAUGCUUUAUAUAGUGCUUUACGCACUCACUCAGCCAUGCAACACAGUCACGCGCACACAUCCACACAAGAUUGCGCAUGUGCACGUGAAUGGGUGCACAUGCUUGCAAACACACACACAGGCACACGCACACACACGCACACACACACACACACACACACACACA